AUGGAAGGAGAUAAUGUUGACAAAAAUGAUGUAGGAGAUGAAGCAAAAGAUAGACUGUCCGUUGAAACCGAUCGUGCUCAUUCUCGGAAAGAGAGCGGAGAAGUGUCCCUUGACAGCACCAAACUGAGGCUAAUGGAGACUGAGCAGAGUGAAAUUGGAGCUGCGAAGGCUGAGUAUGAUCUGUGUUACGUAGAUCUCCGGCUGAGGUAUGAGUUCUAUGUUUGGAGAAUAGAAACGGUGAUGGUGUUGACCAUCGAGCACUGUCCCAAGUUUCAAACUGAGAAGCAUGGUUUAGAAGGACAGGGAGAGUUUUACAGGGAGAGGCACGAGUGUGGCGAGAAACAAGUGAGGAGUGGCGAGCCGGUACUAAGUAUGGAGUGUCCAAACCCCCGGGCUGCUUACGUAUCUGGUCCCAAAAGAUCUGGCAUCACAAAUUCCGAUCCCGCUUGCCUCUUGAUAACGAUUGUCGCAGCUUUCGCCCCGGAUUGGAAAAGAAAUAUAUAG